GCUACAAACGACUCUGAGACAGAAAGAGACCUCGUUUUCUUCCCCAUUCAUUUCUCUCGAUCCAAUUUUAGGGUUUCAAAAUUCAAUCUCUCUCUCUCUGCGAUUCAAAUUUUAGGGUUUCUGAUUUCUCUCUGCGAUCAAUUAUGGCGAUCAACAACAGGGAGAGCAACGUCCAAGAGGAAUCGAACCCUCUUCUGAGUCAGCAAUUCGAGGAGCCUCAGAAGGAUGCUGAAAAGCCCGCCAAGGCCUCGCCGGAGACUCAGUCGUCGGAGAAAUCUGGGCUGUGUCAGGGGGGUGGUAGGGGGGGGGGGUGGACCGCCGAUGGGCUGCCGUUGGGGCACGGGAGCGUGAUGGGUGAGCCCAUGGGCCGGGCCCAGUGGGACUCCGGCCUUCUUGCAUGUCUUGGCCGUAAUGAUGAUUUCUGUAGCAGCGAUCUUGAAGUUUGCCUUCUUGGAAGUGUGGCUCCUUGUGUGUUGUAUGGAAGCAAUGUCGAGAGACUUGGAUCUACUCCUGGGACGUUUGCAAAUCACUGUUUGUCUUACUAUGGUCUAUAUCUGAUUGGUAAUACCUUUUUUGGUUGGAACUGCCUUGCACCAUGGUUUUCAUAUCCUAGCCGUACUGCUAUCCGCCGCAAGUUCAACCUAGAGGGUAGCUGUGAGGCGCUUCAUAGGUCAUGUGGAUGCUGUGGCAGCUUUGUGGAAGAUGAGGUACAACAAGAACAGUGUGAGACCGCCUGUGAUUUUGCGACUCAUGUUUUCUGCCAUGCAUGCGCCCUUUGUCAGGAAGGUCGUGAGAUCCGUCGCAGGAUGCUUCAUCCUGGUUUCAAUGCUCAACCAGUUCUGGUUAUGAUUCCUCCCGGGGAGCAGGCCAUGGGCCGUGGAGCUUGAGAGCAUACUUUGUGGGCACGAGAUGCUUGUACUUUGUGUAUACAUACUUAAGUGUGUUUUGAUGAUAUUAAGAGCUGUGUUAAAUCUGCAUUGACUUAUCCGAACCACAUCUUUUACUUGGUUUUUUGCAGUCAAGUAUAAAUAAGAUGAGAUGAAAGUAUAUAGACUUGUGUGUAUGUAAUACUUGAUAUCUAUGUACGUGCUUGUUCAUUGAAUA